UUAUCGCUUGACGUUGGAUCGUCAGUGAAGCUGCGCCAUACUAUACUGAUGUAUAGUGGAAGACUUUGCGACACGUGCGUUUUCAGCCACAUUGCAUCACACCCGAUGACAAAAGUAUCAAAAUCUGUUCAUUGUUGACUUUACCCUCAUUGCAGUUUGAGAGGGAUUCCUGGAUCGACGCGGGAGUUCUGUGAAAACAGCUGACGAACAAUUAUUUGUGCUUAAUUUGCGCCGUAUUUAAAUUUGGACUAAGACGUCUUCUUAGACGCGAAUGCGUUUGAAGUUGAAGAAACGUUACCUUCGAAGAAAUUAGAAAUUGUACUUUUGCGCGCGAGCGUAAGGACACCCGAACGCUACGGAGCUAGCAUACGAGAGACUGAUAACCAUUUGAAUUUAAUCGACAAUGAUUCAACGAUUGAAGAAAACUUAGUUCGAUUUAUGCUUUAGAGAAAAAAAAUAUACUGAUUUGUCGUAGUGUCGUUGGUAUCGUGUAAUCGCGACCGCUCGGUACAUAAAGCACCGACAACGAGACGAGAUAGCUGCCUUAAAUUUUCAAGAUAAGUGACAGUUUGAAUGACGUAAAAACAGGGACGUUUAAUCACUAUUCUCUCCUACAAGUUGCAUUACGCAUUUGUACUAGCAUAUCUAUAAAAUCUCUUUUGCGAGGUCUCUUAAUCAGUCUUUCCGAAAUCACGCGGUAGAGACUACCUGUGUAAAAAAACGAGUUUGUUAGAAGCUGUGGUUAAAAAAAAUUUUUUAAGUAUCUAAGAAAUUAAAUUUUUACAUUUUAGACAAAUUGCGAAAUUUGUUGAUUAUAUAUGUAUUAUUGUGCGAAUAGUACAUUAAAAAAAGAGAAACGAAUUGUGUCAUAAAAAAAUAAUAAGGAAAAAGAAGUCGAGGAGUUGGCGAUCGAAAUGAUAAAUAAUCAGCAUUGCGUGAUUCUUAACACCGGUGAGACCAAUAAUUAUCAUCAACCGGUCUCGGCUAAGCCUUCGGUGGUCUCAGUCUCUAGUAUCGAUUCUGACGUCAGCGACAGAAGGGAUGUACGCGAAGAGUUGUAUGCCGGUAUCUUUAGGAGGCACAGAAAAACUAUAUUGGUACUAGGCAGUUUUCUCAAAAUGCUAAGGAAAUAUUUGGACAGAUUGCAUGCUCUGAGCCGGAUAUACGCCUUAAUUGCUUUAAGAUUCGAAACGCACCAAAAGUUUUGGUAAAUUCACUAUAUUUUUCUUCAUUUUGCCAUGUAUUAAACAAUUGCAUUUUGAAAUUUUCUCGUCUUAAAUAUGCAUCGUCUCACAUGUCCCAUGUCGAAAAACAUGAUAUUUAUAUCUUAUAACGUUAUAAAAAGGAUGCUCUUUGCGCUUUCGCAAUACAAUGAGAGAAAAUUCUUUCGUAGAAUUUAAGAAAAGCUUCUGUUAAAAAAAAGAACCACCAUAUUGCCAAUACAAUCCGAAAUGACUUAUCAAAUCGGUCAACACCUUAAUGUAUACUGAAAAUUAUUGUCUGUGUUAUUGUUGACGAGCUUAAUAUUUAUUAGAGAUACAUAACUGAGGGCAUAUGUAACAGUAUAAGAUUUAUAUAAUACAUAUGAACUAAUACGAAUAUCAAAUGAAUGCCUUAUCACUUGGAACUUUAACGUAUCUUCUAUUGUUAUUGGUUGAUCAUCAACAUUUGUUAAUUCGAUUGUUCUUCAUUGUCUUAUAUCUGAACAUUUUUGUACGAUUUGUGUAUCAGAUACUGCCAUUAGAAGAUAAAAGGAUAAGGUAGACGCGAAUUAAUGAAAGCAACUUGAAAAAACAAUCGUGCGUUUAACAAUUUCCUAAGGCAUACUCAAACAACAAUUUUUAAAUGUGUUUCUAUUUAAUAAGGCAAACAUGUCUCUGUACUUAGCCGAACCACUCGCUGUCGUAAGACUGAAACAUGUGCUCUUUUGGAAUAUUAAACGUGCCAUAUUAUCUUAGAAAAAAAUGUUCGAGAGAGGAAAGAGAAAGGGGGAGGGGCAAGAAAAAGAAAAAAAGAGGGGAAAGAGGGAAGGAACUUCUUAUGUAUUUAUGGAUUUCUGAAUUGUUAUAGUUCUGAGCAUAUACGACGUAGAGUAUAUCUAUGCGUAAUGAUAAUGCAAUCGCAAUUAUAUUCCGUACUUAAGUCAAGUACAAUCUAAUUGAAAAGAUUGUUUUGUUUUCGAAAUAAAACGGACACAACAGAAAUAAAAGUUGGUUGUGGAUAUUGAUCGGAGAAUCUGUUGGACAUAAAGUUAUUUGAGCAAUUAAGUACGUAUGUGCGUGCGUGUAUACGUGUAUGUAUGUAUGUAUGUAUGUUAUGUGCACUGAAAGAAUUCUGAUAUAUACAUGCGAUAAUAGUAUUAGAAAUAUUCUAUUCGGAACUACCAAGAUAUACUCGGAAUCUGUAUCUUAUGGUAUAGUAGUUCCCACGAAUCGAAAAAAAAAGGAAAAAAAAACGUUCGCGUCCCUUACACGCAGCUGCUUGUGACCAAUUUUUAAGUAGAAUAAAAAUUUGUAUGUUAGUAGCUUCGUCAUAUCGUUUGCAAUAUUCAAAUAUCGUGCAAUGUAAACUUCCACGAGACAAGAAAUCUUCAUUCAGCGACAAGAGGAGUAGCGAGCUGUAUUUUGCAUUCGAUUGUCAAGAUUCUAUAUAAUUUUUGUAACAAGCAACUAUGUCCUAAAUGCGUUGUUGUAUUGGGUGAAGAAACAAAUUUGUAUUAUCACUUUGUAUAACGUAUCAUUAGAACGUAUGUGAAACACAAUUCAAUAAAGUAUUCAUAUUAUGUUUAAUAAA